AUGUCCUUUUCCAGCCACCGCCAGACCCUCGUCGCCCAAGACCAAUCUCCGGACGUCGAUCACUCCCACAAAUUCCAGACGAAGCCUCCGGGCUACUUCGAUUCCUUCAGAGAUGACCUCACCGCUGCCGCCCUCGAGUUCGUCGGCACCACCGUCUUCCUCCUCCUUGCGUUCGGCGGCGUCCAAGCCGCUGCGUUUGAGGCCGGUCCUAAUCCCGCGCAAUCCUCCGAGAUCCAGCGUGUGAUGUACGUCUCCCUCUGCUUCGGCAUGAGCCUCCUCGUCUCCGCCUGGCUUUUCUUCCGUGUCACCGGCGGCCUCUUCAACCCCGACGUCAGCCUCGCGCUGCUCAUCACCGGAUGCAUCGGGCCCGUGCGGUUCGUGCUCUACUGCAUCGCGCAAUUGCUGGGAGGCAUCGCGGCGGCGGCGAUUGUCCUCGCGCUGACCCCGGGCCCCCUCGCGUCCAACACCUUCCCCGCUCCUGGCAUCAAUAAAGCCCAAGCUGUAUUCAUCGAGAUGUUCACGACCAGCGUGUUGGUGUUGUCCGUGCUCAUGCUUGCCGCCGAAAAGCACAACUCGACGCCUUUUGCUCCCAUCGGCAUCGGUCUCACUCUCUUCAUGGGUCACAUGUGGUCCGUCGCCUACACCGGCGCAGGCAUCAACACCGCCCGCUCCUUCGGUCCUGCCGUGGUGACCGGCUUCCCAUACAACACGCAGUGGAUCUACUGGGUCGGCCCUUUCCUUGGCUCCCUUCUUGGGUCUGGGUUUUACACCCUUCUCAAGCACAUCAACUAUUGGCACCUGAACCCGAACCAGGACGCCGUCGACUACCAGCAAUCUCCGGACAAGUCCGCCAACCUCCUUCACUCCGUUCUAUCGUCGCACGACGGGCGGGGGCAUAGCGUCGAAUCGAGAUGCAUCAGCGACUUGGAGAAGGCGCGCUCAGCACCGACCACUGAAAACGGCCAGGCUGUCUCGACCUCCGGAACGGCGGCUGUUCGCCCGAACGACAGUGCCGUGUAA